AAAAGAGUGAGAUUUUCAAGCCACUUCGACCUACAUUUCAUCGAAAUUCUUCAAAUUCGUUGAAGUUACUUCUCCUUCGUUGAUUUCUCCCAUUUUUCUAGGGCAUAGAAUCUCCCCUUUCUAUCUAAUUGUCGGCCUUCUUUUGAGUAUCUUUGCCUGCAAUAAUACGUGAAUUUAUUCUCCAAGUCGAAUACUUCGACACAAUUUAAUCUGACAAUUUAGAGCAGCAACAAGAAAACUUGGUCUAGGUCUGCAAAUUAGAGUCGGAGACGAUGAGUUCUCUUCAUAUGUUUCUGAAUAAUUCAGUUUCACCAGCGGCUGAUCUUCCUCGGUUGUUUAAGCUUGAGAAAGGAAGAUACUUUGUUCGAGCCAAUGGUCGGACAAUCUCAGCUUGUCUUAAUCUGGACUUGCAAGCUCCAGCUUCUGCAAAUUUGGAAGGAAAAUUAGGGUUUGAUGGAAGUAAGGAUGUUAUGGAUAUGGAAAAGAGUGUUCUUGUGGGAACUUAUGCGAGAACUCCAGUCGUUCUGUCGCAUGGCAAGGGAUGCAAAUUGUACGAUGUAGAGGGGCGAGAGUAUGUAGAUAUGACUGCUGGGAUAGCUGUGAAUGCACUUGGCCAUGGUGACCCGGAUUGGGUGAAGGCAGUAGUUGAGCAGGCAAAUGUUCUCACUCAUGUCAGCAAUGUCUAUUAUUCGAUCCCUCAGGUGGAACUUGCGAAACGUCUAGUGGAAUGUUCUUUUGCUGAUCGUGUCUUUUUCUCGAACUCUGGGACAGAGGCUAAUGAAGCAGCAAUUAAAUUUGCGAGAAAGUUUCAAAGAUUUUCUAAGCCUGAUGAUAAACAUCCAGCCACAGAAUUCAUCUCUUUUUCUAAUAGCUUCCAUGGGAGGACGAUGGGUGCCCUUGCAUUAACCAGCAAAAAGCAUUACAGGUCACCUUUUGAACCUGUCAUGCCUGGUGUCACCUUCCUUGAAUAUGGUAACAUUCAAACUGCAAAAGAGGCAAUUAAAUGUGGAAAAACAGCAGCAGUUUUUGUAGAACCUAUCCAGGGUGAAGGGGGUAUAUACAGUGCUACAAAGGAAUUCUUGCAGUCACUUCGUAAUGCUUGUGAUGAUGCUGGAGCCCUCCUGGUCUUUGAUGAGGUUCAAUGUGGAUUAGGCCGAACUGGGUAUCUCUGGGCCCAUGAGUCAUAUGGAGUAAUCCCGGAUAUGAUGACACUUGCCAAACCUCUAGCUGGAGGUCUCCCUAUUGGUGCUGUCCUUUUGACUGAGAGAGUUGCUGCUGCUAUAAAUUAUGGUGACCAUGGAAGCACAUUCGCAGGUGGGCCCCUUGUUUGUAAUGCUGCCCUCACUGUCUUGAAUAAGAUCAGUAGGCCUGGAUUCCUAGCCAGUGUCUCUAAGAAGGGCAAGUACUUGAAGGAACUACUAUCUCAGAAGCUGGGAGGAAAUCCACAUGUGAAGGAAAUACGGGGCCUUGGACUUAUUACUGGGAUAGAAUUGGAUGUGCCUGCUGCACCACUCGUAGAUGCAUGCAGGAACUCUGGCCUACUGAUUCUGACUGCUGGAAAAGGGAAUGUUGUGAGGCUUGUUCCUCCAUUGAUCAUAUCUGAGGAGGAACUGGAAUUUGCAGCUAAGAUUUUGUCAGAGUGCAUGCCUGUGCUUGGUAAGAGCAAUUCGAACUAAUAGAACCAGCGAGGUUUCUAAGUUUAGUUGCAGGUGAGGUUAGAUUUAUGUUUUAGUCAAUUCUAGCUGUGAUGGAAGAAUGUAUCAGUCGCAGUUAGAUUUAUGUUUCUUAGGCAAUUCUAGCUAUGUUGGAAGAAUGUAUCAGUACUGUAAUAUGAAAUGAGUGGAAAGAGAGGAG